GUGUAAAAUACACGUAAACAAAAACCCGUUUUUAAUUUAUACAGUGGACUCUCUAUAACUCGAACAGCCACGGAGAAUCGGAAAUCGUUCGAAUUUUAGAGAGGUUUGGGUAAUAGAGAGUUAGGAGUUUUGUACGAAUUUUGUAUAAAUGGCCAAUUAAGCGUGAAUUUUCUCCCUUAUAUGGAAUGCGAACGAAAUCGUUCUUUGUACAGGAUAAAAAUCUCGACCUUGUAGGCUAAGAACGGACUGAAAAAAUAAAAAAAUUCAUGUUGACAAUGUACUGCUAGGUACACCGAAUCGGGCAGCAACAUUUUUUGGAGCAGUUCCUUUCUCCACCUCCUUUAAGGCUUUGUAUUUUAUUUUACAGGCCUUGUUUUCUGCUUUACGUUGUGUCCCAGCAACAGACGCCAUGAUUGUAAAACUUCAAUACCAAAGAAAUACGGUAAAUACGAAGAUGGUCAAUCUCGGCGGUACGGCAAAAAAGCCUAACUAACUUCGUACAGUGAAUGACAUCGUACGGAACAUUUUUUCUUAAGUUGUUAUUUGUUGUAAGUUUCGCUUUUACAAUACAAUGUGCCUUAUCAAGAGAAUUGUAAAUCAAGCUUUUCUGACCUUUCAGCAGAACGAAAAAUCCUACAAUUUUACUUCAGAUCUAGAAAAAUUACUUGCACUGGUAAAGUCUGUGACUCCAUAUGAUGUUUGUUUAAAAGUUCCCAAAGAUGAUUUGAACAGGAGACCAUUUUACCAAGCCCCAGCAUCACAUAUUGGUAUUUAUGAAGGGUCCAAUAUGACAAUAUGCAUGUUUAUCAUUCGAAAAGGAGAAUCUAUUCCAUUGCAUGAUCAUCCUGAAAUGAUUGGCAUAUGUAAAGUGUUGUAUGGGAACAUCAAGAUUAAAUCAUAUCAAAAGAUGCAUCCAAGCAUAUAUUCUCCCACAGAAAAUGAAAUAAAUGCAAUCAAACUACCUGAUGAAAUUGUCAACCCAACGUGUGAUUGCAAGGUUUUAACGUCUCACAAUGCUAAUUACCACUCGUUAACUGCUAUAGGGGGUGAUGCAGCCAUAUUAGAUAUACUUUCUCCGCCAUAUUCUGAAUCUAAAGAUUGUCAUUACUACAAAGAAGUGCGAGAUCCAUUGCAAAUUGAUUCGUGCGAUAAUAGUCUGAAAAGGAAUAAUCAAUGCAAAUUGAUAAGAGUACCCCAACCACUGGACUUUUAUUGUGAUUCUAUGUCUUUUCAGGGGAGUCAAGGAAGAGCUUAUUUGUUCAAUUCUGUAUUAAAUGUAGGAUGUGGACCAGCUGAAGAAAGAAUUUUGUUAACUGGCUUACAUGCAGUUGCUGAUAUUUACUGCGAAAACUGCAAAACUACACUGGGCUGGAAAUAUGAACAUGCAUUUGAAAGUAGCCAAAAGUAUAAAGAAGGAAAAUUUAUCAUUGAAAUGGCUCAUAUGUUGAAAGAAAAUGGAUGGGAAUAAAUAAUCGUGUGUGGCUGUGGUGUUUGUUUUCAAGGCAUGUCUUUUUAAAAAAAUAACAUUGCAAUAUCAGUUCUUCCAAUUUUUUUAAAAGGGAAUUUCAUCCUCUUUCUCUUAUUUAUUUUUGUUAUUGUACAUAUGUUAAUAGAGUGGAUAUUUACCAUCAGAUUCAAAUUUACCAUCAGAUGUCAGAUUAAGUUAGUAUUAUAUCACAUCAGUUUUUUGAUGUAACCCUAUAAAUUACAUAUAUAUAUACAUAUUUUUGUGUGCAUAUGAAAUAUGUGAUUACUUGGCGUAGUUUCAGACUUUUGAAUGUUUAUUUCUUGACAGACGUGUUAGAAUAGAGUUCAUAUAAAUAUGGAUAUAUAAACCACAUUUUAGUUUACCGAUCUUUUUGUGAUCUUCCAAAAGUAUUUUGUACAAACUUUACGUUUUUGUGUUAUUUCUUGAAUUUUUUUAUUUUUCCUUUUCUAAAUGGACUUUUAAAACUUGAAACCAUUAUUGAAUAAUUUUGUUCCAUCAACAAUACCAGGAGAUGUUUCAGUCUUGCUAAAUGUUUUUUUGUUAGAUGUUAUCUAAAGCCAUUGGAUAUUUUAACCUAAAAUUGAUAAUCAUGCAACUAGAUUUUUCACGCCUAUAGUGUUUACACACUGUACUGGGCAUGUGUUAUAUAUUUUGUAGAAAAUUUUGAACCCUAAAUAAUUUAUAUCUGGUAUUGGUUUGUUCUUAGUAAAACAUUUAUCUAAAUUUUUUUCAGAGUUCAUGGAAGACAAAUAAUACAGAUAAAACUUUUGCAUCUGCAAAUUUCUUAGUGUUCCAUGUACAUGCCAAGUUUUAUAUAUAUGAGUUUUAUAUGUUUUUCUCUUUUUACUUGAGAGGUCUUUAUUAUUUAAAUUAUAUUCGUGAUAUUUGAAGGACGUCAGUGUUAUUAUUCCUGCUAUAGCUCGACUUUCUGUCACUCAAAUGCAAAGUUCAUUUUAUUGUGACGUAAUGAUUAAAAGGUUUUAUACAAAACAAUAUUCUCCUCCAUUGUUAACUUUUUCAUUAUAUUUUCAUUUGUUUGUAAGUACAGAAAGGGAGAACAUUGUUUUGUUGUUAUAAAUGGUGUAUUUAUAUGGUGUAUGGAUAAAUUUGGGGUUUUUUCUUUGCCAAGCAAAAGCUUGAUUUAAAGUACUUUAUGAAGAUAAAUCUUUUUUCACAGUUGGUCGCCAUGUUAUAUUUAGGAAGAAAAGAUUAUUAUUCAACCGCUAAAAUAAUGGCUUUUUAAGCUCAA